AAUUGUUGUGCUGCCGGCCGCCGACCACCGACCCCCCCGCGAGCAGCCAGCCUUCCUUUCAUUCCAUCGCCGCAUACGCCUCCCUGCACAACACCACCCACGCUCCUUCUACCGGAGCCAAGGUCAUCUCGUCGCACCUCCGAUGCAAUAGCCACCCGCAAAAGUCGACUGCCGACUGCUGCUGCCUUCGCAUACGACUCUUAUACGACGUUCGUCUAAUUACCUCACCGGCUCACUCGUUUUCCCGCUCUCUCUAUCAGACGCCCAGCGCUGGUAUUUGACGGGAAACCACUUUUCUCGCAUCUCAAACCUUUCCCAAGAUGACCUCCUCUCUACCCCCGGAUCCUUGGAAAGCUCUUGGUAUCGAGAGGAAUGCAGACAAGUCGGAAAUUCGGACUGCAUACAGGAAGCUGGUGCUUAAGUGUCACCCGGACAAGAUCCAGGAUCCGACGCUGAAGGCACUGAAGGCCGAUGAGUUUCAGAAGGUCCAGCAGGCGUGGGAGCUGCUCAAUGACGAUGCUGAGAAGGCAAAGUACGAGCAGAAGCUUCGGCUCGCCGAGCUGCAGCGCGCUGCCAAGGUCCAACAGGACGUAAAGAACUCGCCCAACACCUCGGUUCCGCGCUCGUCGAAACAUGCCACGUACGAGGUGCGCACUGCCGAGCCGGCCUCGCGGUACAAGAGCUCGUCGAAGGUGUACACAUACUCCACGACACACACCCGCUCGCACGAGGAGAUGCCAUCAUCCCGCGGCUACAAUAUAUACGAAGACGUUGAUAAGCAGGCUCGCAGGGCCGCGAGUUACGAGAAGCCGUCCAAGCGGGAUGACGAGAGGCGUGAGCGAGACCGAGACGAGCGGAGACGCAGAAGAGAAGAUGAGGCGUUCAGGUUACAGGAGAAGGAACGGGAACGCGACAGGGAGAGGGAGAGGGAGAGGAAGAAGGAAGAGGAGCGUGAGCGCAAAGCCGAGAAGAAGCGACUUGAAAGGGAGCGGGAGAAGGAACGCGAGAAGGACAGGAAACGGGAUGCCGAAGAUAAGGCCCGCCGCCACAAGCCCUACGUAGAACACUACGAGACUUACAUGGGCGACAUCGACCUCGGCGUCGAGGAGAUCAUCCUUCAGGACGAGGAGUUUGUCACAUCCACAUCCAAGCCAGAGAAGAAACGGUCCUCGAGCAGGAAGCAUGACGAGACACGCGACCGAGACCGCGAGCGCGAGCGCGACAGGGAUAGGGAUCGGGAACGGGAACGAGAUAAGUCGAGCUCGCGCCGGGCCAAGUCACCGCAUGCGAACAGCGAGCGGAAGCAUAUCAACCUUUACGAGAGUGCUGCGAGUUACUUGGUAACCAAAGGCAGUGCUAUCAAUCCCUCAACCGCCUUCUGGAAGUCGCAGACCCCUCCGGAGCCUUCGUACAUCACACCACUCGCGCCGACUCCGCCGCCUGCCGACUUUGAGGAUGAUAGCAUUCUCAAAUCGGCAUCCCGUGCGGCAGGUCGCCGUGCCUCCAACGAUCCUGCGAGGUCCAGGGAGAAGCUCAAAUACGAGCCAAGCGAUGUCACUCCCACGGCCCGGCCGGUCCCCCCCUCCCUUCCCAAGUCGUACAGCACUCCUCCUAUAGUUCCAGAAUCUCCUCCGCGCGUCAGCCGGUCGCAGACGACGCCGCACGAUUCGUCGUACAGAACGAUGCCGCACCUGCCCCGCACCCAAACAUGGGCUCCUGGCAGCACCUCUACCCCUGUAUACUAUGCCGACAUCGAGUCCGAAGACGACCGGGACCGCGACCGCCGCCGCCGUAGCCGCCGCACACGCUCGCCUUCGGGCCAGUCCACUCGGUAUAAAGUCGAUAGCGGCAAGACGUCCAAGCUGGACUCGCAGUACUCGUACGGCGAAUCUCCGACUUCGACAAGGCGGUACGCGGGUGAAGAGCAUCUUGGGCACUCCCCGUCGUCGGCAACUUACGCCAGUGCUCCCUUCUCCCGGGUCAAGCAAAGCAAAAGCUUCGGGGUGGACGAUGUCAAGUAUGCUCAGUACGACCAGCCAGCGUACUACUCCUCACACGGCAUGGACGGGUAUACCGCCAAGGCCUGAACGCUUGGCGGAUGAUCAAGAGGCGAGAGGAGAUGCGCCUCUCGUUCUCGGUGUAUUUUCUCCCAUCUGCUUGUUGAUUUCUGUUAUAAUCUCUAAUGAGCGGAUGAUGGUAAGUGUCAAAGAUGAGGUCAUGAUGAUGAGUUUUAUGGUUUUCUUUACAUUCCCUCUCUGCCUGUCGCUGGCGUUCACGGAUCUCGGACGGGGAAUUU